AUGGCAACGCAGUACGUUGAUCAGUUAGAGUUUUCAUCUUAUCCGAGUGGGAAGUCGCAAGGGAAGCAUCACAUCAUUAUAGUUGGUGCUGGAAUUAUUGGUGUGUGUACUGCUUAUUACUUGACGAGACACCCGGACUUUGAUGCAAGAAAGUACCAUAUCACUGUUAUCGAGUCUAAGCGGGUGGCCGGAGGUGCCUCUGGUAAGGCAGGAGGGUUAUUAGCUAUGUGGGCGUUUCCGCAGCAGAUUGUGCCUCUUUCUUUUCAAUUGCAUCAGGAAUUGUCCGACGAAUACGACGGGGAAAAUAACUGGGACUACAGGAGAUUAACUACAGUUUCAUUGGAGGCAGAUGUACAGGAAACAUUUGAAAGCGAUUGUUUCGCUUCAAGGGAAACUCCGUCAGCGUAUGACUUAAAAGUCCCUCUACCUAAGAAGAAAAAGCGAUCAGGAAAUAGUAAGAGGCCCAUGUCCUCUUCUUUAAGCAGUUCUGCUGCUGAGAAUGAAAUGAAGCAAGGAGAUGUGUUUCUGACAGAUAAGGAUGCUCAGGAAUCUGAAGGCGAAUGUAGAAAUCCUACCAACUUACCAGAAGACCUAAAUUGGAUUAGAACUAACCUAGUUCGUGAUUGGUCGUCUCUUGGGGGGACUGGUUCCACUGCACAAGUACACCCUUAUAAAUUUUGCCAUUAUUUAUUGAAUAAGGCGGUUGAAACAGGUGCUGUUGACUUAAUUCUAGGUAAGGUUACUCAAAUUUUAUUUGAUGAUGUCUUUACUGUUUCAGGUGUAAGCUAUAUACCGAAUAUGGAUAAUCCAGAGGAACAGGCUAGGGUGAAAGAGGUUAAUAUCUUGGAUACACAACAGUUAGUUCUCUGUAUGGGGCCAUGGACGUCAAAAAUAUUGCCGGAUUGUCCGAUAUCAGGACUUAGAGCCCAUUCUAUUACGAUUAAACCCUCAACGGGCACUGUGUCUCCGUACGCAAUUUUCACAGAGUUAAAAAUUGGCUCUAACAAAUAUUUUUCUCCAGAAAUGUACGCAAGAAAGGAUGAAGUUUAUGUGUGUGGAGAAGGUGAUACUCUUGUGGAACUACCAGAAACAACUGAUGCUGUUGAAGUGGUGCGUGAAAAGUGCGAUGAACUCUACCACUAUGUUUCUAAGUUAUCUCCAAAUCUUUCUAAGGGCCACAUCUUAAAAAGACAAGCUUGUUAUUUACCUGUUUUAAAUGUUCCAACAAGCUCAGGACCAUUGAUUGGUGAGACGAACGUAGAAGGAUUAUAUGUUGCCUCUGGUCAUUCCUGUUGGGGCAUCAACAAUGCCCCUGCGACUGGUAAAAUCAUGAGUGAGUUAUUGUUGGAAGGUGAGGCUAAGAGUGCAGAUAUUUCUGCCCUAGAUCCUGGGUUAUACUUUGACGCUUCUGUGUUUGAAUAA